UUAAUUGACUACAUUCAUUAGAGCUACGGAUAAGGACAUAUCCAGGGUUACAAAACUAUCCCUCGCUUUUCCAUCUCUCUCUCUUUCUCUCUCUCACACUAAUUGCAUUACCCAAUAAAUAUAAUAUAAAAAAUGAAGCCGGUCUUCACUCUCGUCCCGCUGGCCAUAGGAAGCACCCACGCCUUCAGCCUAGGCACCGCUCUAGCAGAGAUCAGCAAGCUCUUCCCCAACAACAUCGCCUUCAAGGGCGCAGACGCCGUCAUCUCAGGCCUCGAGAGCACCGCGGGCAAGAUCCUGGGCUACCAGGAGACCCGCAGCGACCUCGUCAACGGCGACUGCGGGGACGUGAUGCUUAUUUUCGCCAGGGGCACCGGCGAGCCGGGCAACGUGGGCGCGCUGGUCGGGCCCGAGUUCCUCGACGAGCUCGUGAGCGCCCUGCCUGGGAAGAAUGUCUCUAUGCAGGGGAUCGACCCCAGCUCGUAUCCGGCGACGGUGGCUCAGUAUUUUACGGGGGGGUCUACUGGCGGUGCAGACGAGAUGGCCACGUAUGUGAGCAAGGCAGCAGCAUCAUGCACCGGCACUUCAAUCAUCAUGAGCGGCUGGUCUCAGGGCGCACAAGUCGUUCACCUGGCUGCGAGCAAAGUCGGGACCUCUGGCAUGUCAGCUGUCAGUGCGGUCGUGACGUUUGGAGACCCAGACAGCAACUCGACCAUCGCUGGUAUCGACUCCAGCAAGGUCAAGGUGAUCUGCCACGAUGAUGAUGAUAUCUGCCAGUUUGGAGAUAUCCUGGGGCCGACGCAUUUCACUUAUGCUAAGGAUACCCCCGCUGCGGCGUCUUUGGUGGCCUCAGUGCUGUAGAAGAUCAUCGACUAUGAGCAAGAGAAAAGAAAGAGCAUCAAUGAUAGUAAUGACAACAUGAUAAUACAACGGAGGGGUUGGUUAAUUACCCUCUUUCCAGUACCCUUGGAUAUCAGGGCUGGUCUUGGACUGGAAAAUGUAU